GAUGACAAAGAAAAGAAGGAACAACGGUCGUGCCAAAAAGGGUCGUGGCCAUGUGCAACCUAUUCGCUGUACGAACUGCGCCCAGUGCAUUCCCAAAGACAAAGCUAUAAAGAAGUUCGUCAUUCGGAACACAGUGGAGGCGGCGGCUGUGAGGGAUAUUUCUGAAGCGAGUGCCUUCGACACUUAUGUGCUUCCCAGGCUCUAUGUGAAGCUACAUUACUGCGUGAGUUGUGCCAUUCACAGCAAGGUCGUCAGGAACCGUUCUCGGGAAGCCCACAAGGACCGAACACCUCCACCCAGAUUUAGACCUGCGGGUGCUGCCCCAACACCUCCACCAAAGCCCAUGUAAGGAGUUGAGUUCUUGAGGACUGAAGAAUAACUAUCCUUUGGGAAAAAAAUAAAA